UGUUUCUUGGUCUCUCUCUUACUGCAUUACACUUUGGUCUCACCAGUUAAACUUUAAAGCUGUUCAGUGUUACACUGUUUGGGAUAACUUUUCUUGAUGUUGAUGUGCAAAUGAAAUGGUCAAGUUACCACAAUGAUUUUACCAAUGGAUUGGUUAUGUGUUCAUUUGUCCAGAUUAAGGAUCAUCUUUAUUUUAUUGUGUUCAAUUGUUGAUCAUGUUGUGCUUAUUACCGUGGAAACAUCUCAACACUCAUCACCUUCACCAACACACUCACCAUCAUCAUCACCAUCAGUAUCUUCAUCAUUUUUCAAAUCGACUCACAAUAUUAGUUCAAAUAGUGUUGUUAAUAAUAAUAUUGCCAGGUAUAAAACUGUUUAUGCUUGUGAGGAUAAAAUAUUGGAGAUCAAGUGUGAUGAAGGUUACCUGAUACACCUUAUAAGGGCCAAUUAUGGACGAUACAGCAUCUCAAUUUGUAAUAGCCAUGGUAAUCUUGACUGGAAAGUUGAUUGUACUUCACCUCAUUCCUAUGAAGUUAUCUCUAAAAGAUGCCAUUCAAUGCGAGAAUGCAAUAUUACUGUAUCGAGCACUAUUUUUGAAGAUCAUUGCCCAGGAACUUAUAAGUACCUCGAAGUGCAAUACGAUUGUUUACCAAAGGUUAUCCAUCAACAUUUAGAAUCAGUAGUUGACGGUAAACCCUGGUUAUCAUCAAAAGCCAAACCUGGUAGCUUCUCAUCUCAAGACGAUGAUCAUGGACAUGAAUUGUCGUCGACUUCUCGUCCGCCCAUAAUAGUGCCAAUAACAAGUACUACUCGAACUAGUAGUACUUUACCUCCAGUUCAGUCUGGUGGCUCAAUAAAUUUACGUACAUUUACAUCAACCAUGUUUCCACCUUCAUGGAAAUCAAGUGAUAUCUCAUCAACAACCCGAUCAUCAUCAUCUACUCAUUGGAAUGGCGAAACAGGCAACAUGAAUAAUCCAGUAACCAUAUCAACCUCAGCACCUUGGAGGCCACCAAAAGUAUCAAUAAUCACUGGUAAAACGUUGCCCUCAACAACACCAAUGCCGAGUGUUUACAAGACGUUGCAUCAACUCUCAUCGGGAACAAGUUCAACCUCAAGUACAAGCACAACCACAACAUUGGCUCCUCCAUAUGAGAGGUCCGAUAAUCUACAGGGUAUUGGAAUCAAUGGCGAUGCCAAUAGUAAUUUUAAUUUAAAUAGCAAUGGCAAGAGAACGACGACUCUUCCACCUUGGUUGAAAGCUCGACUUCCAUCGACUACACUUUCAACACUGGAUGAACAUUCAAUCCAUGAUACACUUGAUUCGGUCGACAAUAACUAUUCAGGUUAUCCUGGAUCGAUUUGGAGUUUUGCAUCCAAUACUCAUUACUCAACAAAUGGUUCCUCCUUGUCAUCCAAAUCACCUUCACUCUUCUCAAGUUUACCUGAAAACUCGAGUCGAACCAAUCGUGCCCAAACAACCAAUUUGCUAGUUAUUGUAUCGAUAUCAUCACUCAUUGCCAUUAUCAUUUACAGCAUAACACUUGUACUGUUGAUCAUUUCAAGGAUAACAAAUCACCGUCAAAUUGUUUACAAAAACAUCUGCUUCAUAUUGAUAUUGUCAAGUGUCAUUCUGUGCAUUAUCAGCUUUCAGCCAUGGACUGAAUCAUCGUCACCCUUAUGCAACACUGUUGGCAUUUUACUUCACUUUUUACUUCAGGCUAUUUUCAAUGUAAUUUUAAUUGAUUCCAUUCGAGUAUAUUGGUGCUCAUCUUCAUCUUCACCAACCUUACCCACAGCCACAACCAAUUCAUCAUCAUCAUCAUCCACCUCUUCAGCAACCUCAUCAACAUCCUUUUCCUCAUCAUCACCCUCAGCCACCUCAUCAGCCUCUUCAUCAUCAACAACCGCCUUUUCAUCUCACCUCGACUGUGAUAAAAUGGAAUCACCUUUGUCCACUCUCUCAACCACCGGCAACAUUGUCAAUCCUUUGAACAACCCGGCGACCAACAGCAACACCACCAAUGCCGCUGCCAAUAAGCCCACCUUUUCAUCUUCCCUUAGUUUAAUCUCAAAAAAUUCUAUAACUCUUUACCUUCUUACCUAUGGUCUACCCAUAGUAACCAUAGGCAUUAGUUUUCUUAUAGAACCAACAUUAAUCUAUCGCGGUCUGACACCGGGUUCAACUGGUUCAACAACGCACAGCUUACUAAUGACUUAUUGUUGGUUUACAUCAUCAACAACACCCUCAUCCAUCUUGUUUCAAACCUCACUCUGGGUCUUUUUGCCCACCUUUUUAUCAAUCUUUUUCACUGCCCUUCUCGUCUUGUUGACAAUCUAUGGUAAAAUGAGUCCAAGUUCAACACCUUCAACCAACCCUUCAGGUCAGGAUGCUUCAAUGGGCAACACUCAGUCAACUGGGUUACCCAUUUAUGGAAGCAAUCCGAGCCAUUAUCACACCAACCAAGGCAGUCUAAUUGACUACAAGACUGGAAUCAAUGUCACCGAUUCAUCAGGAAUUGCCAUUAUUCAACAAUCGGGUUACACCAAUAAUGCUCAACAAAAUCAACAGCAAAAUAAUCGACAUCAUUCACUUCGCCAUUCUCACCACAAUGGUCACCAUAAUUCUCAACCUUCUCAUCAUCACCAUCACCAUCAUCAUCAUCAUCGUUCACAUCAUCGUCAAUUGGAACACAAUUGGCAGCCAACACUUUAUUUAUUAUUACUUGAAUGUUGCUUCUGGUUAAUGUUCAACAUUUACCUGACUUCACCAGCAACCAAUGUCAUUGCAACCAUCAUUUUUAGCCUUUUAAAUGUAUCAAAUGCUGCCGGCGUUUGUACAAUUACUUUUAUCCGUAAUCGCCGCGCUCGUCACAAUGUCCGUAAAUGGCUUUUAAUAAACAAAUAUGUUCCAAAUUGUUUUAAAUUUGGUUCAACGGCCAACAUUGAGCCUUCCUCAAUGAGUCCACUCUCAACGGUCAAUGGUCUAACCAAUUCAGGUUCAACAGCAACUCCAAUGACUGCUUGCUUCUAUUCACUCGAUCCAUCCCAUCUCAUGUCACCACCAAGUCCAAUAAUUAAAUUAACUUCAUCCCUAUCAAAUUGCUCAUCAUCUCGUCUUCACACAUUAAAUGUUAAUAACAAUAUCAAUCAUCUUCACACACAUCAACAUACAACAACCUUAAACCCUCAUCAAUACCAACAACAGCAACAAUCACAAUUUUCCCGUUCAAUGAAUGAUGGAUCAAAUAACGUGUUACGAGCUUCUCAAGAAACAUUAUCUCUUCACCAUGCAAACUUGACUCUUGCCAGUGGAAGACCAACAAGUGGACUAAACAAUGGUCAAGUGGGUGCACCUGGACGACAAUUAGUGCCCGAAGUUAGUCCAUAUGCACCACCAGUUCCAAUAUAUUUGCAUGAAUACGAAGACAUCUCAUCUAAUCUAGCCACAGAUAGUUACUCAUUCAUUGGACAACCCAGAGUUGGACCAACAAACUCGUAUUACUAUCAUACCACAAGAUCGCCAAUCUAUUACUCAGAUAGGAAGCAAGUUUCACUUGACCAAUCCUAACCUUGGCCUGUUAGCCGACAAGACUGGACAACCAUGAAGACGUCAAAGACGAUGAAAGCCAACAUUUCAAUGAAGUUUAUUACAAAAGAUGAAAGACAAUUCCAUUACUGGAGUUGAUAUUUUUGCUAUUAAUUAUUGAUAAAAAAUUUAAGCAAUUGAAAAAUACUUGUGAAAAUUGAGUGGACAAAUGCCCAUGAAAAGUGUAAAAUAAAAACCUAGUCGUUCAUUUUUUUGAUUUACUGGAAAAAAACAAUUCUGAUACAAAAAAAGACAAAAUAAACAAAUUUUUGCCCUCAAAGUUUCUA